AUGUUAUGCUUAGAUAAAGAAGAUGAACUAAAAAUAUAUAAAAAACAUAGUUACCCUAAAUUUAAAAAUAAUGUGAUUUUGAAUCAUGAACACCCGAGUAGUGAAAAUGUGAAUAGUAAUAUCGAAGGGAGCAAUAAGAAUUCGAAGGGUAACAGCAGUAGCAACUUUGAUAAUGUUGAUGGUAAAAUUGGGCACACAAAUAUUAAUGACAAUGUAAUUUACAUAAACACAAGCACGUGUAAUUCUUUUAUUUAUGUAGCUACAAAAUUUUGCUUAUAUAUAUUUGAUAAUAAUGAUUUUCGUUUUGUCAAUUUUUAUGCUUUGGAUUAUGAAAACGCAUAUAAAAAAUAUGGCUGUCAUGAUAAGGUGUUUCUAUCACCUUUUGAUAAUACUAUAUAUAUUAUAACAGAUAAUUUUAAAUAUGUAUAUGUAUAUAAUAUAGUUAACAAAAGAAAUACUGUUAUGUUAGAUAAUGAUAUUGACACAUCAAGUGAAAAUGAAAAUGAAUAUUAUGAAUAUAUUACCUAUAUAAAAAACAUUUAUAGAAAAAAAAUAAAGCAAACUAAUACAAUUGCUAGCAUAAAGCUUAUUACGGUGCUUCAUUUGCCCAUCCCAUCGAAUUGUUUGAUUAUUACCAAACAUAAUAUUUUAUUUUUUUCUUAUGAAACUGACGAAAUAUUUAUUUCGGAUAAUAUUCAAACCGUUCUAGAUAAUACCAGAAAGUUAAAUCAGCAAAAUGAAGUAACUGAUGUUAAAAGAAUUAUAGCCAAUACAAAAAUUGUAAGAUUGAACUCAAUAUAUUACCGAAGGAAUAAAAGCAAACCAAGUCUGAAACCGAGUUCCAAUAAAAAGGUGAAAAUAACAAAUGCUGAUAAAAAAAAAAACAAGAAAAAACGAAAUAAUAGUAGUGAUAAUAGCAAGAAUGAUGAAUUCUCUUUGAGAGAAAUACAAAAUUAUGGCCUCAUAAAAAAGGACAAUGGAAAAAAUAUGUACAAAAAUAUAAAACCUCGCGUUUUUUUUUUCUUCAAAAAUAGAAAAAUAAUUAAUAAGUGUUUUCGAAAUUUUCCAUUUUAUCGAAACUCUUUAAAUUAUUGUAACAAAAUAAGAAGGAACAUCAUUUUAAAAGAAAACAAAAGGGAAAUGAAAAAAAGAAAAAAAAUAGGGGCGCACACUAAAAAAAAACAACUUCCUACAUAUUUAUAUAGCAAUAAUAAAGAAAAUAAUUUAAAAAAAUUUAUUAAAAAAAAUAAUAUUUCUACACAAAUAAAAAAUAACAAAUAUAAAAAAUGUAUUAAUAUAAAAGGGGUCGAAAGGGUCGAAUUUAGUAUGCAUAAUGAUUAUCUGUUAUUAAUAAGCGGUACUCAUGAUUUUUACAUUUUUUCAUUUUUUCACAAAUUUUUUAAUAUUCCUCAAGAUAAAAAUUGUUAUUAUUAUGGGCAUUCUAUUCAUGAAAAUGAAGCGAUUGGCACAAUUGGAAACAAACAUGAAAUUCUAAGACAAAAUUUAGCUAACUUAAGCAAUAAAAAUAAAAAUAUUGUGAAUAACAGAAUAAGCAAUGCUUUAAAAAAAAAAAAAGAAGACAAUCAAAUUAUAGGAAUGUAUGUAGAUUCAUCUGUUUUAGAUAUAAGUAUAAAUAUUUAUAGAAAGAUUAUUUUGAUAAUAUAUAAAAAUUAUACUAUUAAAGCGUAUAGUAUUAAUCCUUAUAUAUGUAAACAUAUUUUUAAAAAAUGUGUAUUUACUAUUGAUAAAUUUAGUGGUUACAAAAAUUCAUGUUAUUAUUAUAAUUUUUUAGUAUGGAAUAGACAAAAUAAUUUUUUCCUUGUUUCGUUUAAUCAAAAUAAUUUCCACAUUUUUAAUACAAAUGGAACAUUAUACUAUUCAGAAAAUAAGAAUAUUAAUGGUGUAUCGAGCGGAAAACAAAAACGAAAUAAUAGUAUGCCCAAUUUAGAUAGCACUUCUGAUAUUAUUCUGGAUAAUUUAAAUAACAAUCAGCUUGGUGCCAGCAAUUUAUCAACAUACAAAAACAAAGGAAAUAAGCAUGAACAAACGAAAAGUGUUUUAUUACAUCGAAAAAAAAAAUACAUAAACAUAUCCUUUACUUUUAAUGACUUCAAGUUAUUUUGUACUACUAAAAGUGAUGAAAAUUGUUACUAUAUUAAUGUUAAAAAUUUAAUAUAUUUAAAUGAUAUAUAUAGCCAAAAUAAAAUUUUCCAUUAUAAUAGUAAUUAUUAUACUAAUGAGUUUAGGAAAAAUAUAUAUAUCGGUCUAAACAAUUUAGUUAUAUUUGAUACAAAUAUAAAUAAUUACAAUAUAAAUGAUCACGAAAAAAACAUUAUAAAUAUUAAAGAAGUAAAUACUCCAUUUAAUUUUAUUAAAAAAGCAUACCUCAAUUUUAAUAACACACAUAUAUUAGUUAUAUUUAAAACAAUUUCGAUUUAUAAUGUUAAGACACGAAAUUUUUCACAUUUCGUUGAUGACAAUUUGCUUAAAUUUUUUUUUCAUAAUUAUCCAUGUGGUUGGCUAUUUGAUGAUGUUUUUUUUGCCACUUGCUUACAUAAUAAAUAUGAUGAAAAUAAUUUUAAAGAUUUCAAAAUAACCCAUCAAAACAAUGAACGUCGUGAAAGUAUAUUUUUUAAUCAAUCCACUUCGAAGGAUAAGGGUUUCAGUUUUGAUCUCUUCAAAAUGGAUUACGAAAGUGAAGAAAUUAAUGAAAUGCAUGACAGAGACACAAAUUAUUGGAUUGAUGAGAAGGAAGUCAGUGAAAAUAAAGGAGGUGAAAACGAUGAAAACGAAGAUGAUGAGGACGAAGAUGAAUGGGAUGAAAAGGACACAUCAUUGGAUACUGAUGGCAGUAUCGAAGAAUACAAAGAGAAUUUUCAAAAAGACGGAACCAACCCAGAAAAUCUAUUUCUACUAAAUUAUUUAUUUAAUUAUAAUCAUGAUGAUAGCGAUUUAUAUUAUAAAUUUUUUGAAGAAUAUUUUAAUAAUAACAAAGGGAAUAUUUAUUCAAAGCCCUAUCGUUCUUUUUAUAAUCAUUUUUUUUUGAAAAAAAGUACAAACAUAUUUUUAGAAAAAUAUAAAGAAAAGCAAAUUAAAAACUCCAAACAUCAUGCAUUUACAGAAAUGACGCAAACAAAUCCAAUUCAACCAAAAAUCACGUUGCAUAAAGAAGAUAACACCAACAAUAUGAGAAAAAACGAUGAUCAUACUGCCCUAAAUAAUAAGGAAUCUAUAAAUAAUCAUGAAGUACAAUAUAAAAAUAUUUAUUUCGAUGAAUCGAAUAAAUUUUCUAACAUAAAUAAUGCUGAGGAUAAUACACGUUUUGUAAAUAUUAAUGAAGAAAACAAAAAAAACAUUGAUAAAAAAUUUGCAAAAUUAAAUGGGGAAUAUCAAGAAAUUUUAAAUACAAAUAAUUUUUAUUACAUUAUAUAUUUAUAUAAUAUAAAUAAUAUUAUGAAAUUUACAAAUUAUGUAUGCUCUAUUAAAUUACUAUAUAGACCAAUAUUAACUCAUGUAUUUUGUGGAAAAAGUAUUCAACAAGAAUACAGACACGAAAAGGAAACAAAAGCACAAAACGAGCAAUUUAUGAAUAUAUCAUCACGAGAGAAUUAUCUAAUUAUUUUAGAUGCAUUUUAUAAUUUUCUGUGCUUUAAAAUUAUUGAAGAAAAAAAUAAUUCCGAUCCAAACAAAUUAGAAUAUUCUAUGAGGUCAGAAAUGGUUUUUGCCUUACCUUUAAAUAAGGAUAAUAAUUUUGUUGAGCCCUCUUCUUUUUAUGCUUUAUUUGAUAUAUAUAAUUAUGUAUUUCUUAAUUAUGACAAUUCUAUAGUAUUUUUGCACAUAUACAAGGGCAAUACUCAUAAUGACAUCAGUAAUAAUAAUGAUAAUAAUUUUUAUGAUUUUGAGUUUACCCAUAUAUAUGACAAAAAAGUAGAGUAUCUACAAGUAAUAAGAAACAAUAAUAAUUUGGUUAACUGUUCUUUGCCCACUCCAAUAAAAUAUAUAUGGCCAAACCCAUUUUAUUACAUUUAUUUAUUAUACUAUUAUAUAGCUUAUACUUUAUACAAUGUAAACAGAAUAAACAUGAAAUUAGUUCAUCGUCGCUUAGCAUUAUCUGAUUUAUCUAAAGAACAAAAAUGUUAUCCAAAUAGGGAUUUAUUGAAACUUAUUAACAAUUAUGAAGUUCUAUUUAAUAGUAGUGACUACAAAAGUGCCCAGACUGGGGAAUCAAGCGAAACGAAUACACAUAAAGAAAAAAAAAAUAUUGAAGAGACAGAUAAUUAUAGCAAACAUGAUGGCAAAUUUGAUAAUACAUUUGAAAAUGUUGAUGACCCAUUUAUGUUUGAUUUUUUUUCUUUAAAAGCAUUAGAUAAUAAUACAAGAAAUGAAAGAUAUCAUUUUUUUGAAAAAUUAUUGAAAACCAAGCUUAAUGAGCAUUCGGAUAAUUAUAGUAAUUUGAUUCGUUUGAAAAAAAAAAAAAAUAAUGAACAAAUGGAUAGUUGGAUUUCAUCAAUACAAGACGUUCCAACAUAUAUGAAUAAUUUGAAUUAUAUUUUUAACAAAUUAUUUUUAUCUUAUAAUAAUUGUGAGGAGGUGGAAAAAAAUAUACAUUACACUGCCCAACAAAAUCAAGAAAAUUAUAGCUGCCCAAAUGAUUCGGACCUAAAAUGUGAAGAAGGUGAAUAUAUUUCUAAGCAUUGGAAUAAAUGGAAUAAAACAUACUCGAUAUUAGAAAAAACAUUCUGUUCAUUAUUUUUUUCGCAUUUAUUAAAUAAGAAUACGAAUAAACUAAGUAAAAUUAGUGAGCAAAUACUAAAGUAUAAUUUAUAUUCAAUUAUGGACGAAGUAAAUAAUAAUGAAAGUAGUUGCUACUUAUUUUGUGGCGUUAAAAAUAGUGUGGAUGCAAUAAGUAUAAGUAAAUGCUCAAAUAAAUUUUGUUUAUUAAUCAACCAUAUAAAAAAUUGUCACUAUUUUGAUAGUAAUAAAUAUACAAAUGCAAAUUUAAUAAUAUAUAGACAUAUAAUGUUGAACAGAAUCCCAAAUGAUGCUACUAAUAAUAGUAUUAUACAUUUUCAUCAUAUUAUUAAUUCUGUAGGAUUAUUUGUAAAUAUUAUAUCAAAUCAAUUAUCAAAUGAAUCCAUAAAUAACAAAGAAGAAAAUAUAGAAACUGACGAAGAUAAAAAAAAACGAGAUAAAGAAGUAACAACACCAAACAUCAAUUCAUUUAUAUUUGAUAAAAUUAGUUUUAAAAUAAGUACUUAUAUAAAUAUAAUUCUAUUCAAAUUUUUUAAACUAUAUAGUGAUGUGUAUUCAUACAGUUCAAAUAAAUACCAAAUUAUUUAUCAAGACGAUUUUAUAGAAAAAAAAAAAGAAUUUUUAUCUCUAAUAGUUAAAACAUUAGUAAACUAUAUGGAAAAUAAUAUAUGUGUAAUAAAUAUACUCGAAAUGAUUUUAUAUGAGUGUAUUAACACAUUAAACGAUUUUUAUGUUACAGCUUAUAAUAUUGUUUAUAAUUUAAUAAACAAUAUAAAUACCGAUCAUCCUUAUUACAAUAAAAUUUUUACAAAAGACAAAAGAAAAACAACUUUAAAUAUCGUCAUAAUUAUUUUGUAUACAUUGUUUUUGAGUAAUUCUUAUAAAAAAAAGAAAAAAGAAAAGGAUUUACUAAAUAUUAUAUUAAGUAGUUUGCAUCAAAAGAGUUCCGUUUUUUUUUCUUCUUUCGAACACGAGGAUAGUUAUAAUAAUUUCUCUACUAAUUGUGCAGAUAAAGAAGUAUUACAUAGUAAUGGGACACAAAAAGAAGAUAAAAACAAUGAACUAAGGGAUACGCACACGGAAAAUGCAGAAUUUUAUGAUUUUAUAAACAAACUAAAAUCGAGCAUGUUACUUAACUAUGCAACAAAAAUAAAAGAUUUCAAAGGAAAUGUAAAGGAUGAGUAUAUACACUUCAUGAUAUUGUAUUUUAUUAAAAUGGCGAAUAAACUUGAUAUUCUUCCGGAAAACAAUCAAAAAACUGAAGAUCCAAUUAAAGAGAAUUAUGAGCAUGCAAGUAAUAUAGAAGAUAGGCCAAAACAUAAUUUGUUCGAAAUAAAAAGCGACUAUGCAUAUAAAAUGAACUGUAAUGUUUACUAUAUUGCACUUUAUUUAUUAUGCAUAUUGAAAAAGAAACACGUAUUCCUUUUGUAUACAAUAUUAAAAAUAUUAAGAAAAUAUUUUAAUUCCCAUAUUUCUGAAGUAGUAAUAAAUAUAUUAAGAAAAAUGGAUCCCUAUGUUAGUGCUAUAAUAAUUUAUUCACUUGGAAAUUUUACUCCUCACGAUUUUAUGCAAUUAUGUAUAUCGAACAAUAAAAGAUAUAAUAUAUGUUCUUUAUAUAUGGUCAAUGUUCAGAACUAUGUAGGAAUAUACGACAUUCGUAAAUUUUAUUGUAUGUAUUUUCUAUGUACUAGUUUAAGAAGUAAUAUAAAUUAUUCAAUAAAUUUAAUACAUUAUAUGUCUAUUUUAUUUUCUGAGCUAAAUAGAAAUAAGGAUAAUAAUAUAUUCUAUUGGAACUAUUUGGGGCUAGAUAAAACAAAUUUAAUAAAAAUUUUAAACAAUCAAACUGGAAAUAAUUUAGAUAAUUAUAUAUUUUUUUUGUUAUGCUUAUUUAAUUUGAAUACUAUCAAGCACGACGAACCUAUUGAUAUAAAUCAUUUACAAUAUCUAUUUGACCAAUCAUACAAAAAAGACAGUUUAAAAAAUGGACAAAAUACUGAAGAUAGCGACAAAGAAAUGAACACACAUAAUAAUAUGUUGGAAUAUAAAAACAUUUCAAGUAAAAAUUCGAAUUAUUUUAUUUAUAAUAAAGAUCGAAUAUUCCAAACAAACAAAUUUAGACAACUAAAAAUAAAACCUUUUUCUAUCAAUAAUUUUAAAAUGAAUAAAAUUAUAUAUGAAUUUUUUUACAAUAUAGAUAUAAUACACUUUUCAAAAGAUAAUGCAAACAAUUUUAGUAACCUAUACAAAUUUAAUAGUAGUUUAUUAUUAUUUCCUUCAUAUAAUACUGAUCAGUUAGCAACCAAUUCAGAUACAAAUUACAUAGAAAAUGAUAUAAAAGAAAAAAAUAAAUUAAAUGAGAUAGGCAAUGCAGAAAAAUCUGUUGAUUAUUUACAAGUGCAAAAUAUAUAUAUUAGGUUUAUCAUUUUAAUACAAAAUAUAAUAUGCUAUUAUAUAAAUAACAUGUUAUGGUAUGAAUUAUAUUAUUUUGCUACCUCUAUAAAAAUUGACAUUGCCUCUUUUUUUUCUCAUAUAUAUUUUUUUAAGUCUAAUUUUUUUAGUAAUUUUUUUUGGGGAAUAUGCCCAAUAGAUGUUGCGCAUACUUCUUUAAAAAAUUCACAAUUUUCAUUCUUAAAUUUGAAUGAAGAAAAUAUAUUAACAGAAAAAAAUAAUCAAUCCAAAUUUUGUACUAGUAAAAAUUGCUAUUCCGAUUCUUCUCCGAACUUGAAAAAGGUUAUGAAUCCAUCUAAUAUUGAUGAAAAAAAUAUAGAUAAUAUAAAAUCUUUUGAAUCCGUUGAAAAUGUUUCCACAUUUCAGAAAGAAGAAUCUUCGAAGAAAGAUAAUAAAUUAAAUAGCCAAUCUAGCGACCAAAAUAAAAAUGAUGAUACCUCAAAUGUGGGAAAGACAAAUUUCCAUAUUAAUUAUACAGAAUAUGGAAGUUAUACAGAAUAUAUGAAAAAUCUCAAAACAAUUUUUGAAAAAAUCGAAUACGAAAAUGAAAGCAUUAAUAAAACAUUUUUCGAUACUAAUUUCAAAGCUAUACAUUUUAUGGAUAUUUAUAAAUCAUUUAAAAAUCAUUUUAAUAUAAAUUGCUUGAAAAAAAAAAAUAUGCAAAAAAAACAGGAAUCUGUUGAUUUAAAUGAACCAACUUUUAAGAAAAAAACAAGAAUAGAAUUAGAAAAUAAAAGAUAUAAAUAUAUAAAUAAUAUACACACUUAUAAUAUUUAUAAUAAAUUGACAAAUUACACAUUUUUAGAAACAAGUUUUGCACCAUCAGCCUAUAAGUAUAUCCCAAUAAAUAGCACACUGAAAUAUUUGUUUUACUUUUUUAAUGUAUCUAAUAUAAAUAAUAAAAGUGGCUCAAAGAAAUAUAUUAAAUAUAUAAUGAAAAGAAGAAUAUAUGAAUAUAUUACUAAUAAUAUAAUAGAUAUAAGUAAAAAACAAAAAAGUGAAAACUUCAACCCAAAUAAACAUAAAAAUAAAUAUUCACUUAGUCAAAAAUGUUCUAUAUAUAAAAAUGAUAUUGUUUGGUUUUUGUUAAGAUUAUUUAUUUUAUUAAAAUUACCUAUUCAUGCUUUGGCAUUAGCAAUAUAUUGUAAAAAUUAUGUCAUACUAAACAUUUUAUUAAAUAUAUUUCCCUAUUUAUAUCAUAUAAUUAAUUAUAUUUUAAAUAUGAACGGAUCUCAUUUUCUAUAUAAGAAGAAACAAAAUAAUAAUAGUGAAAAUGGAGAAGGUUCGAAAUCUAACCCAUCGUAUCUUUUUACUCUUGUUGACGAACAAUUUAAUAAAAAACUCUGUGACUAUUGCUAUAAUUCAAUAUUACAUCAUAAUCGUAAAAUCAUAACACCAUUUAGUAAUGACAUAUGUGAUGAAAUUUACAAAAAAAAAAAUUCGAAGAGAGAAAAAGGUCAAACUUUAUAUGACCAUUAUAUGUCUUGUGAAUGUUUAACCACACUAAUUUUUUUACGGAAAAAAUUAAUCUCAUUAAGAAAGAGUAUAUAA